UUGGCUUUUAAGGAUUGGCUUGUGCCAUUCGGAUGGAUGAUGUGGUGGGAGAAGAAGUGUUGUCGUAUUGGCCAUGAGUUCAAGUAGAGCCAAACGAAGAAGGGUUCCCAAAACAAGACCUCACGAAGAAGUGAUUGACUUGGUGAGUUCUUCGGACAACUCCCCAGAGCUAGUGAGCUCUACUAGAAACGUAUGGUCAACUAGCCUUACUCCUGACAGGUCCUCAUCAUCGUGUCCCUCACAAGAGCCAAACAGAAGAGUCGCAAGUAGUUUGGAGAGCUCUUUUGCGGAAACAGUGGAAGAACCAGGCUCCCAUAAUCUUACCACUUCACUACCAAAUAGUCGACGUUCAAACUUAUUGCAAGCAACACAAGUUGAAGCAGCUUGCUUGGACUCGUCGACUGUAGCAAGUCGACCUAUUGCCAUAUCUACAGAAAGAAUGCCACAUCUUGCUGAAAAUACGUGGAACUUGGAACAAAGUGGGAGAAGAGAAAGCCUUGGUGAAAGCAGCUUGUAUUGCAGUGCUCAAAGGAGUGCAGGGAUGGGUGUUUCUUGUGACUGGAACGGCACGGAAGAACCAAGAAGUGAACGACCACCUUUGGGAGAUAACAUACCAAGGUAUUAUCGAAGAAAUAGUCAGUACCGUUAUCGUCCUGUUGAGAACGUUGGAGAGACGAGAGACACGGGAAGUACUUCUGGUAUUCAAACAAGAAGUGGUCGAAGCUACACUACAAGAAGUAGUACAAAUCCUCGUAUGAAUAUCCAAAGAAGGAUACUUGAAGCAGAGAGAAGAUCACUGAGUCGUGAAUCAGGUCAUAGACAGACUUCUUCUGGACUGAGACAAGCAACUUCAACGAGAAGAAAUCGUAUAUUAAGUGGAGGACCUUCGUCUUCCCGUUCUAUUUCUCGUUCUUUAAAUGCUUGGAUUGAGUAUUUCAGACAAGUCAAUCCGUGGUUACUUUUGUCAUUUCAUGAAGGAGACUUUACAGCUGAUGAUUAUCAAAUGUUGCUUCAAUUGGAUGAAAAAGUGGAAAAUAAGAGAGGGGCAUCUAAGAGUGUUAUUGAUAGCAUUCCUUGUGUUGAAGUUUCCGAGUCUGAAAUGGGAGAGAGUUGUUGUAUAUGUUUGGAUGAUUAUGUGCUUGGAGAGUCUUUGAAAAGGUUACCUUGCAAUCACAUUUAUCAUAAAGCUUGUAUUGAACAAUGGCUAAUAGAAAAUGCCUGUUGUCCAAUCGAUAAAGAAAGAAUAGAUGGAGAAAAUUGGCAGGAGUUAUUGAAAUAAGAGACCAUAAAGAAGAACCAUACGUUCAAGAUCCAUUUUGA